UGAACUACGAGAUAUACAUUCUUUUGAAGAUAAGCUUCAAUCUUAGUUCCAUCUUAUAGGCCUAUGUGAAUGGAGUGAUCGGAGAAAUGAACUCGGCAUUUUUUUGCGUUUUGUACGUUCUGUUCCUGGACGUUAGGGCCAUACCCACCAGCCUGCUCUACGACUACAAUGUUCCUGAGGCGGUUUAUCUUCCUAAAGAAGACGACAUCGCGAGUGACAAAAUCAAUCUGAGGGAUCCGAUAAUCUUUUUUGGUAUUGAAUAUGAAACGAUUUUCGUAUACACAAAUGGAUUUUUAGCAUUCCAAAAAGAAUUCCCGGAGUUCAUCAACAUCGAGUUUCCUUUGGAUUUUCCUCUCAUAGCGCCAUUUUACUCGAACGUCGACAUACGAGCCGCAGGAAAUAUUUCGUAUUAUCAAACCGACAGCCCAGCAUUGCUCCAAAGGGCCACGGAAAAUGUGCACGAGUCCUUUUUGAAUUUCGUCGAUUUUCAAGCUACUACAUUGUUGAUAGUAACAUGGCAAGGUGUUGGAUACCAUAACAGAGGUUCCGACAAAGUCAAUACCUAUCAAGUCGUGAUAGCGACCGAUGGAGAGCAAUCGUACGUCGAAUUCCUGUAUCCGGAAAACGGCAUCCAAUGGAUCCAGGGCUCCGGCGAAUCUUCCGGUUUGCCGGACGCGAGAGGACAGGCCGCCAUCAUCUCCCCGGACGGAAAAGUGUUCGACCUGCCUGGAUCCGGGUCUGAACAAGUCAAACACCUCGAGAGAAUGUCAAAUAUGGGACUUGAAGGACAAUUCAUCUUCAGAGUGGACCAACUGGAAUUAGUCGUACCUGAUGCCGUUUUUGAAAAGAAACCAUCAGGACCACCAGAAUCAUGCGCGGAAGCUCCAACUUUCUGCCACGUUGAUGCCAAAUGUGUUGAUUACGAUGCAGGUUUCUGUUGUGAGUGCCAUCCAAAGUACUACGGGAAUGGGAGACAUUGCAUAAAAAAAGACGGCCCUCUACGUGUCAAUGGAAAAGUGAAUGGAAAGAUCAAUGGAGAAAAUUUGGUUGGACUCGACCUUCAGUCUUAUAUUGUGAUGACAGAUGGAAGAGCAUAUACGGCAGUUUCUAAAAUUCCAGAAUCUAUCGGAUUCGAUAUUCAAUCCCUGCAAAUUUUGGGAGGUGUUAUUGGUUAUAUUUUCGCCAAGCCUAUCCGAGAAGCAGUGAAUGGAUAUCAGCUCACUGGAGGAAUCUUCAAUCAUACUGCAACUAUAAAUUUCUACAACACUAGUCAAACUGUACGGAUAAAGCAGAAGUAUAUGGGUCUAGAUGUUUUCGAUCAGUUGCGUCUAGAAGCGGACAUUCAGGGAGAAAUUCCCAAUUUACCUGAUGAUUCCCGAGUUAUAUUCAACGAAUAUCAAGAACAGUACACGAUGACCGGUCCGGGUGUCAUCCAGAUGACUUCUCAAAGGGAGUUCAGAUACAAUGAUCCGAAUGGCGAUGAGGUGGUCAUGGUCUACAACGUCGAUCAAACGUUCGUCUUCGAUUAUUGUGAAUUCGAUAACCAGUCCGUCGGGGAAACUUGGAAAUUGAAAGUCGGCAAGAAUUUCAUCAGCUACGAGAGUAGAGAACAGAUCAUUCGAUAUGGGCUCAGCAAUAAAAUCACCCCAAUAGGAGAUUUCGAUCCAUGCGAAACAGGCAGAUCACAAUGUACGGAAAACAGCGCUUGCGUUGUUGAAAACGAUUCCUUCCGUUGCAUUUGCAACCCUGGCUACCAGAGUUUUUUCGAUGGCAAUCAGACUACAUGCACAGAUGUCAACGAAUGUCACACUGGCCAGCACGAGUGCGAUUACAAUGCAGAGUGCGUCAACGUGAUUGGUAGUUAUACUUGUCAGUGUAACCCCGGAUUCGAAGGUAAUGGACAUGUGUGUGAACACGCAAAAUCUUGCGAAAAUGUCACAUGUUUCGAGAAUGCAGAAUGUUCGGAAAGCAAUGGAGUUGCUUCCUGUAGAUGUCAAGAGGGCUUCACAGGAAAUGGACAAAAUUGUGCACCAAUCCUCGACCACAGCUGCCAUGUGGCUAACAACUGUUCUCCAUUCGGUUACUGUGCCAUCAACCCGGAAACCAAUAAUUACUAUUGUUCUUGUCUGCCUGGUUUCAGUGGAGAUGGUUAUACAUGUCAAGAAAAAGAGUUAACUACUAUCACCACUACUACUUUGAUCCCUACUAUUGCACAGGAAGUAACAGAUUCUCCAAAUCACCGGAUCACCCAGACAUGCACAGCUGAUAAUUGUUGGUGUCCCACAGGAUACAGGGUGGAAACCGGAACAAGAUAUUGUAUCGCCGAAGAUGUAAUGUAUACUCCGAUAAUAACGACUACAGAAUAUGCAUCAGGCCAAGAAGGCUGCGACACCCUCAACAACUGUCACCCGGACGCGUCCUGCCAGUACUCCGAUCAGCUGCACGUGUACGAGUGCGUUUGCAACGACGGCCUGAUCGGAAACGGCGUUUCCUGCGAACCGGAAGUCACAUCCUGCACGAUCGUGGACAACUGCGAUCCGCACGCCACAUGCUCGUACGACGACGGGUUGGGAAAGUCGGUGUGCGUGUGCAAUCGGGGGUUCCAGGGUGACGGAUAUACUUGCAGCAUCAGUGCCAUCAGUGAAACUUGUUCUUCCAACGAAGAUUGCUCCCCGGGAGAAGAAUGUUCGUUCACAAGUGCACAGCAAUACGAAUGUGUAUGUAAAGAAGGGUACUCCAGGGACACCCAGCACCAGUGCGUGUUGGCCACCGGCACAUGCGGCGGCGGCACAUGUGUCGAGCACGCCGAGUGCCUCUUCGACGACGAGUACGAAACCUUUUACUGCACGUGCAAAGCGGGAUACGUGGGCGACGGCAUCACCGAGUGCAGAGAGAAGGUCGUCGGCUGCGAUACAUUGAACAACUGCGGACAGCACGCCACCUGCAGGUAUGUAGAGGAAGAGCUUGGCUACAAGUGCGGGUGCGAUGAAGGAUUUUUCGGCGAUGGGUUCCAGUGCUAUGCAGAGAAGAACUGCCAUAUUGAUCCGAGUAUGUGCGAUAGAAACGCGGCAUGUCUCACUGAUGCCAACAGAAACUUCAUUUGUAAGUGCAAUGCGGGCUUCCUCGGCGACGGCGCCACCUGCCGCGAAAUCCACCGCCAGGAGGGCAACUUCCUGCUGCUCAACCAGGGCAUGGCCACGCUGCGGAUCCCGCUGCAGGAAUCGAAGCCGAGGUCCAGGCGGCCGGUGCAGGUGAAGCCGUACCAGACGGCGGUGGGGCUGGACAUCGAUUGUCUGGAGGGGAAGGUGUACUGGAGCGAUAUCAAUGGGAGGGCGAUCAGGAGUGCGUUCUACAAUGGCAGUGGGAAAGUCGACUUUAUACAGAGGGGUAUCGGCUCCCCCGAAGGCCUCGCCAUCGACUGGAUCUCGCGCACCAUCUACUGGACCGACUCGACGUUGGACAAGAUCGAGGUGGCCCACCUGGACACUCGCCUGCGCCGCACGCUCUUCGACACCGGCUUGGUGAACCCGCGCGGCAUGGCGGUGCACCCGCAGCGCGGCAAGAUCUUCUGGUCCGACUGGAACCGGAAAAGGCCGAGGAUCGAGUGGGCGAACGCAGACGGCACGGGACGAGCGGUGUUCUUGGAAGGACCAGACGUUUCACUGCCGAAUUCGCUGACCAUUGACUACGAGACUGAGCAGCUGUGCUUCGCGGAUGCCGGCACCAAGAAAAUAGAGUGCGUCCACAUCGACACGAUGACGAAACAGACCAUAGCGGUGAACUGCACGUAUCCGUUCGGUAUAACGACUACCGAUAAGGAGAUAUAUUGGUCUGAUUGGAUAUCGAAAAAGGUAGAGAGAGUAGACAAAUACAGCCUGAAAAGGCUGACACCCCUUCCAGUGCCAGUUGGAGGUACUGGCAAUAAACUGUUCGGCUUGGUUGCAGUACCGAACGCUUGUCCAUCAUUGACCAACGUAUGCGGGUACUACCACAACGAAUGUCCGUCAGGGCAUAUUUGCUUGCCAGACGGACUGGGGAGCAAACGUUGUAUGUGUGGCUACAAAGCUGAUACAGAUGACAGACCGAAUAAUUGUAAUUCGAGCAUAGCACUACAAAAUAUUGUUUAGUUGGCAUAAUAUGAAAUGGUUCCUUGUAUUAUUAAAAUUGUAUGUUUGCUGACGGCAACAGCAGAAGCUUUGUUUUAUUCUAUUUUCAUUUCUUGAAUUUAGGAACUUACAGUGUGAAGCACUCCAGAUUGG